AUGCUGCCCACACAGUCCUUACCAGCCUUGCUGCUGCUCCUGCCGGCAGUACCUGCCUUUGCCCGCACCUGGUCCAGGCCCCUCUGGUACCAGGUGGGAAUAGACCUGCAGCCCUUGGGGUGCCAGUCAAAUGGCCUGGAGGGUUACAAGGGUGUCCUGGGAUGUCCUGGCAGUUGGAUGGGUCUGGGUUUGUCUGGCCACAUCUACCCAGUGGCUGGAGUCACUGUCACCACCAUGAUGCUAGUGAUUAGCCGAGCGAUGCUGCGACGGCGUGCACCGGCCACCAAGGGUGAGCAUGCGCAGGUGACGCCUGUUUCCUGUGGACCCCGGAAGCGACGGGCCCCGGUCUCAGAGCGCAGCCUGCUCCUGGGCAUUCUGCACAUGAUGGACUCCCUUCUGGUUCAUAUAGAGAACCAUCUGCAGCAUGUAGCCACACGAUCGGAUAUGCAAAUAAAGGGGACUCCCACCCAGAGUGGGUGA